AUGUCUCUCCUCACCGUGGCCAAGACCAAGAUGCCUAAUAUGGGUUAUGCCCCUGACUUUGUCCAAAUAGCUAUAGCUCCCUUUAUACAUGACAUCCAUAAGAAAGGUAUCCGGGUGGUCAGUAAUGCCGGGGGUGUGAACCCGCUGGCGUGCGCUGCCGCUAUACAGGAAGUAGUCAAGAAAGCGGGACUUGAUCUCAAGGUCGCCGUGGUGACUGGAGAUGACCUCAUGGCUCUGAAAGGCAGUCUGUCUGAGGUGAGAAUGGCUGAUGGGGUGAGCAGGUCUAAGCUGCCUACAACCGUCCACAGUAUGAAUGCCUACCUGGGUGCAGUGCCCAUCCAGAGGUGUCUAGACCUGGGGGCUGACAUUGUAGUCACAGGGAGAUGUGUGGACAGUGCUGUCGCCCUAGGACCUCUUAUGCACUCUUUUGGGUGGAAGCAAAACAACUAUGACCUGUUGGCAGCUGGGAGUCUUGCAGGCCACCUCAUAGAGUGUGGUGCCCAGGCAACAGGCGGCAUAUUCACGGACUGGCACACAGUACCCGACUGGGAUAACAUGGGAUUCCCAGUGGUGGAGUGUUCAGCUGAUGGUUCCUUCAUUCUCUCCAAGCCGCCCAAAACAGGCGGAUUGGUGUCGUUCGGGACGGUUGCCGAGCAACUGGUGUACGAGAUCGGUGACCCGCAGAAAUACCUGCUUCCUGACGCCACCUGUGAUUUCUCUAACGUCAACAUCACUGAAGUAGCAGAAAAAGAUAAGAGGAGAGGCCUGAGUGGAGGGAGGGGCUGUCAAAGUGACCAAAGUGGGGCCAGAGGUUUUGCUCCGUCCAAUGACUACAAGGUGUGUGCCACCUACAUGGAUGGGUACAGGGCUACAGCAGUUUGUCCAGUAGGGGGCCCCAGAGCCACCGAGAAGGCCAGACGCACCGCAGAGAGCAUCAUCAAACGGACGCGUCGGAUGUUCAAGCAGCUGGGUCUGGAGGACUUCACCGCUGUCAACAUUCAGGUAUUGGGGGCCGAAGAUACCUACGGACCACACAGCAAUAACACGACCCCUAGAGAGGUGGUAGUCUGGAUGGCUGUCCGUCAUAAACAGAAGAAAGCUCUGGAGUUCUUUGCCAGGGAGAUAGCACCUGCAGGAACGGGCAUGGCUCCUGGACUCAUGGGCAUAGUUGGAGGACGACCAAGAGUCUCUCCGGUUCUGAAACCUUUCUUCUUCAUGCAUUCAAAGUCUCAGCUGAAGGUGGACGUGCACAUUGGUGGAGAGCACGCCGAGACUCACACUGGGGCGGAGUCAGACUCUGAGGCUCCGCCCCCAGCGGAGGAGAAAGCUGUACCUGUCGCAGAUCUGCCCAGUGGUCCCCACUCCUACAGGCUGGAGGAGUUGGCCUAUACCAGGAGUGGAGACAAGGGAGACUCCAGUAACAUCGGUGUGAUAUCACGUCACCCCCUUUACUUCCCCUACCUGAAGAAACACCUGACGGAAACUGUGGUGGAGGAAUAUUUCCAUCACCUCAUACAGCCAGACACACAUGAUGCUGUCACACGUUAUGAGUUACCAGGGAUUCAUGCUCUCAACUUUGUCCUGCAAAGCUCUCUGGGAGGCGGUGGGGUGGCAUCGAUACGCUGUGACCCUCAGUUCUGUGAUUGGCUGAAAUCUGUCAUCCGGGAUCACAGGAGUGUUCCGCUGACGGCGUUCCUGGGAAUUCUGUCUGUGGUCUAUCUUGGAAUGUCGUCCUACACCGCCAUACCCACCCUCCUCAUCCCCUUCACCCUCUGGAUGGCUGGCUGAUUCUGGGAAUUCAAUAAUGGACUUGGAAUGAUGGAAUUUUAUAAUAUGUAUUGAAGUGUAUGUGCUGUGUUUUAAAUGGCUCCAGAAAUGGGCAGCAAUGACAGCAUUAUGACAGCAUUAUGACAUCACUAUGACAGCAUUAUGAGAGCAUUAUGACAUCACUAUGACAGCAUUAUGACAGCAUUAUGACAACAUUAUGACAACAUUAUGACAACAUUAUGACAGAAUAAUGUUACAUUUUUCAGAACACUUAAAUACAGUUUCUGUACCCAUCUCUAACCAUGAACACUGCACAGAAUGUAUUUUUCACAUCUUAACAACUUUAUACUGUAUUUUUUAUGUAAAUAAAUACCUGUACAUUGUA